AUGGUUCCAGUUCAAGAAGGGGAGGAUACACAAUUUGCUGAAAUUUGCUACAUGAGCAAUGGACAAGGUGGAUACCAGAAGGGUUAUUACAACUAUAAGUCCAAUCCAGCCAUGUCUUACAGAAACACAGACGUAGCUAACCUUCAGGAUCAAGUUUACCUUCCACAGCAGCAAACUCGAUCGAGUCAGCCUCCACAACAAGGGUAUGGUCUGGAAGGCAACUACCACAGCCUCCAAGGGACUUUCCCUGGGCAGAAAAUGCAUAUACCACCUGGCUUUCCUCACCAGCCACCUCAGCAUGCGCCUAAUCAAGAGCCUGAGUUGAGAGCCAUGUUUAAACAGUUGUUACAAGGUUAA